AAGCUGGCGAACUUGUUCAGGAGGCAGUUCAUCUUAUUAGCUCAAGAAACAUGGCAGAGCAGGUCACGGAGAUGGUGAUCAAAGUGGAUCUUCAGUGUCGUCGUUGUUACAAGAAGAUCAGGAAAAUCCUGUGUGAGAUCCCUCAAGUAAAAGAUCCAACCGUCGACGAGAAACAAAACAUAGUGAAGAUCAAAGUGGUGGGUUGCGAUCCCGAGAAGGUCCAACAAAAGAUAUGUUGCAAGGGAGGAGAGAUCAUUAUCUGCAUCAAAAUUGUUCCACCUCCUCCACCACCUCCUCCUCCUCCACCACCACCUCCACCACCUCCUCCUCCACCACCUCCUCCUCCUCCUCCUCCACCACACCCGGCGGUGAAAGUGAUGGGCUGGGUGUAUGUUUGUCCAUGAAAAUGUCACUGCGGGAGGCCACCAAUGUGCCGUGAUGGGUGUGGGAGGCCGGCCCACGAGUGCAGAUGCCGGAGACCUAUUUACUCAAGGUGUUGCGAUUGCUGCAGUGAUGGAAAAGCCUCUUCAUCAUGGACCCUGCAUAGUUGUGACUACGGAAGGCCGCCGCUAUGCACUGGUCCUGGCUAUGAGUGCGAAACUUCGUGCCCGCUUAUGUAAGGAGACCUUUGAGGUGUUUAUUGAAACAAGGUUUUCAUUCCCACGACUUGGUGUCUUUAUGAGAUUUGUUAGGUCACGACAUGGAUCUUCUGCUUUACACAAUACUCCUGCACUGCCCCAAUAAAUACUAACUAUUGAGUUAUGAAAAUGAAAUAUUAGCAACAAUUAAAAUACACUGAGGUAUUGAGAGGAGCAUGGUAUAUAGUAUAUUCCAUUAGAUAUAUGUGAACGUUGUCGUUUGUUGAUUAUGUGUGCGCAUGAGGGUUGAUAUGUUGAAUUAUGCUUUCCAUAGAUUUCAACUUAUUACCCUUUGUAUUACCUAUCACCUACGGUGGUCUUUAAUGUAUUUGCUGAUUUGAUACUUGUAA